AUGGGUAAUCUGACCACGAUCAAAGAAUUUCUUCUCCUGGGAUUUGGGAGUCUCCAUGGGUGGCAGUUUUUCCUUUUUGGGAUAUUUCUGGGAAUCUAUGUAGUGACUUUGCUUGGGAACAUUCUCAUCCUUGCAGUCAUUUCUUUAGACCACAGUCUUCAAACCCCCAUGUACUUCUUUCUAUUCAAUUUCUCCUUCCUUGAGAUCUGGUAUACUACCUCCAUUUCCCCCAAGAUGCUGAAGACCCUCCUUUCAGGUCCUGAGGCAAUAUCAUUUGCAGGGUGUGUGGCUCAGUUUUAUUUCUUUGGUUCCAUGGCAGUUGUUGAGUGUUUUCUGCUGGCAGCCAUGUCUUAUGACCGCUACCUUGCCAUCUGCAGCCCCCUCCGGUACCCAGCCCUCAUGAAUCUCCGCACAUGUGUUUUGCUUGCAGGUGGGUCUUGGCUGGGUGGAUUCCUAACCCCUGUGGUCACUGUCACCAUGACUUUUCAGCUGCCAUUCUGUGCAGCCUAUGAGAUUAAUCACUUCUUCUGUGACCUGGCCCCUGUGCUGAAGCUGGCCUGUUCUGAUCCCGAGACAGUGGAAAGAACUACUUUCCUCCUGGCCUCUUUUGUCACCAUGGUACCUUUUCUGCUCACUGUAGUCUCCUAUAUCCACAUUGUUGCUGCUGUCCUCAGGAUCCCAUCAGCUGCAGGAAAGCAACGGGCCUUCUCCACCUGCUCCUCCCACCUCAUUGUGGUCACUCUAUACUAUGGAACACUGGGGACAGUGUAUGCCAUUCCCACAGCAACCCAGGCUGCUGCCCUUAACAAGAUUUUCUCCUUACUCUACACUGUGGUCACCGCCAUGAUCAACCCCAUCGUGUACAGCCUGAGAAACAAGGAUGUUAAAAAGGCAGUGAGGAGACUCAUGAGUCAAUGGGCAUAUGCUAAAGGGACCUAA